AUGACAGCCUCUACCGUUGUCUCGUCUACUACCUCAUCACUUAGCGAAUCUUCAAGCACACCCGCACGUUCAAGUUCGCCGUCUAAUUGGGGACCUACAACAAAUAGGACAAGUGGAAGUAUUAGCUCCUCUACUUCACUAUCAUCUGUCUCUGCGAGUAUGCGUGUCUCUAACACUGUCACUAGCUCUAGUGGUCCAGUUCGGCCGUCAGCCUCAAAUACGGUAUCUCUCUCAACAGGCUCUAGCCCUCUUACAUCUACGAGACCCAGCGGAUCAGCGUCCUUGAUCGUGCAGAGGCUCACGGAACCCAAUGGACCUAUUGUUACUGUUACACUCCCUACCAGUGCUUCUGUUACUGGACUAGAGACCCUCACCAUAUCUGGCUCCACAUUGACCGUAAAGCCUAUAUCGAUAACAUCCAGCGUAUCUUCAACACCAUCUGCGUCAACUUCGAACGUUGAGACAUUCACCGAGCCUGAUGGGUCUUCGGUAGUCCUCACACUGCCGCCUGGCUGCCCUGCAUCAAGAUCUUCCAUCACUAUUGCUGACUCAUGCCCUGAUCCUUCGGGACCUACUCCCGCGAACGAUGCACCCCCAGAGAGCCCGGAGCCUACGAAUUCACAGACCUCUUCACUAUUGUCCAGCUCAUCCAGCUCUUCAAGCCCAUCGGCUUGCAGCGCAACCCUAAGCGUGCCUGUACCCCCCUCUCAGUUAACUGCACCUACCGUGACGUUGAACCCAGCUCUUCGACACUCUCUUCGACAACACGUCGCCCUCUUUGACAACCUCAUCAUCUUUACCUCCGCUACCAAGGCUCACAUUCUCAACUACUCUGGCCAUCACGACAGUCGAGCCGAUUUCCACCGAGUCCGGAAGCUCUUGUGUCUCGACGUCGACAACCACGCUCUGCGAGAUUCCGCAAGAGCCGUACAUAACGUCCGCUGUUUGCAACAGCUGGGUUGCGACAGCGACAUCGACAUCGACCGGACCACCUACUCCAACCGGGCAAGUUUAUAUCGACAUUUUUACCGAUUCGGAUUAUGGCAAGUGUUAGAACAGACCCAGCUGAAUGCUAUAGGUCAAUGUUACAGCCCUACCGAUUCGUCAGGCAACCCGAUAAGCUUCGAGUGCUUCUCAAUUACCUAUAUAAGUACAGCAGUUUCUGACUCGGCCUCGCUAUCGGCUUUCAAGGAAGCUGGAUGUUCUAGUCGGGAUGACUCGCAAGUAAUGGACUAUGCAAACUUGACUGCUAUUGACUAUGACAAUGAGACACCCUUCACAAUGAAAUCCUUGUCUCUUUACGGGGCUUGA